UGUAAGCGGGACAGUCAUUUUUACGCCUCCAAAUUUUACUUUUUCUGAAUAAUAUUGAGUUAAAUUAGGGAAGUUGAUCCAUUAAUUCAUUUUAUGAGAAAUUUUUCCGUUGUGUGAAUUUUUCCUUCUUACUAUCAACUAGUUUUUCGAAUUGAGUUACCAAAAUGCUCCCGGCGUCACCCACAUCUAAGGAAUAUCUGUCAACUGUAACAACAUCUUCUCCUGAUAAAUAUGAAAUAAUGGGUAAGAUAACAGAGGGUGCUUAUGGAAUGAUUCUUAAAGCCUAUAAUAAAGAAGAUAAAGAUGCAGGGUUUUUCGCAAUAAAAACGAAUCGCCACAAAGGAUACGAAGGAGUUGUCACAGUCAAUGAUUAUAUUGAAGUAAAAGCUCUGAUGAAACUGAAGAAUGAAAGAAACAUAGUGCAUCUGAUCGAAUUAGUGCAGGAUGAAGAAAGAUUCGGUAUGGUCUUGGAGCUUUGCAAAGCAGAUAUUGGAGAUAUUUUGCAUAACAGAAGAAUUUCAUUGCCAAUGUGUGAUAUAAAACUCAUCCUCAAAGAAAUACUGACCGGAGUCCGUGCUAUUCACAGACAAAACAUCUUUCAUCGGGAUAUAAAGCCACAAAACAUACUUCUUUCUUUGGAUGGCACUGUGAAAAUCACAGAUUUUGGAAAUUCAAUGGAUAAAGGUAUGGAAGAAUACGAUCCGAAUUGUUGUACAAUAUGGUAUAAAAGCCCUGAACUUUGCUUUGGCCAUACACAUUAUAAUGAGAAGAUAGAUAUCUGGAGUGUCGGAUGUUUGGCAGUGGAGUGUUGGAAACGUACCAUCUUCUUCCGUGGAGAAGAUGACAUGACCCACAUGGAAAAGGUCUCCGAAGUGUGUGGAUUCUGCGACGAGUCCGAAUGGCCUGAAGUGAAAGAAUUCCCCAACUACGCGCAAAUGAGUGAGGCAUUCGGCAGCAAAUUCAAGGAGAAUAAACUUGAGACCUGUCUAAUACAUUUGACACGUCACACGGGAGCAGCCAAGUUUUUGUGCAAAUUGAUCAAGCUGACCCCGUCAAAACGACUGACCGCUGCUGAAGCACUUGACGACCCUUUCUUCCAGUCUGUACCGGCACCGUCCAAUGAUCUCUCCAAUGUUAUCGCCGCCCUCAACAACCUGCAACUCCCAGGCAUCGAAUAGAGAUGCAUUCCUGUUUUCGUUGAUAUUAUCUAGACUACCUACCGUUUUCAAGUUUGACACCAUCAUCUAUAGAAUUAAGUACACCUACCAGACUUCAAGUGUCACACAGCAAUAAUUGAGAGAAAUUUCAAAG